UACUUAACCCCUGAUAUUUAUGUUUACACAGGUUAUUCAGACCUCAGGCCUAAAACCAGUGAUCUGUUUGAGACGAGGAAUAUUCCUGACUCUUUAGCCCAAUAUAUCCUUCUAUAGCUUCUGCUGUAAAGCAUCUGACAUUAGGUACUCUCUGCCAUGAUCACAGCUGAACUUUGUUUUGCAUAAUAUAUGCAAAAUAUUUACUGAAUAUACCAGUAAAGUCCACAGCUCCUGGAAUGGAAUUACAGGUUUGAAACGUGCUGGCCAGCUCUGAUGAAGGACUCUCAUGGGGUAAUAAUAAUCUUCAACCCUGAGCUGCCCAGUCACCUGAAAGAAAUUGAGAUGUGGUACUCCUGCUUCGUGCAGCAGCAGCCACUGCUCGACAGUCAGUGUCUCCUGGUGGCACAUCACAAGCCAGGCAGUGCAGAGGACACAGAAAACCUGUCCCUGGCUUACCCACUGAACAAACUAAAACUAAUACAUUCCAACUUGGAGGAAGAUCCUGAAGAUGUUCGGAUGGAAUUCAUGAAAUACUUCAGAAGCAUUAUCACCAUAAUGAAUGAGAGCAGAGAGAGGGAAGAAAUGUCAAUUAUCUCAUAACAUUAAAAAAAGGUACUGAACAGGGAAGAAAAAAUUAUAGUUUCCCCCUUGUAAGCCUGUGAAUGGGUCCUCACAAGGAGAAUUUGCCAGCCUAUAAACACUUCAGCCUGGAAAGAAGUGCUGACAUCAGGUGAGCUGUGGUGCCAAGGAGAGGGCUGCACAUCCAGCAAUCUGGGUAACUUUACACCUGCACUUUGGCAUCAGAAGUACAGGAAGGGAUUUUUUAAUAUGUUAGUGAGGACCAAAAGAGAAAGGUUUGGGUCAUCCCUCACAGAAGCCCUUUGUGCAGAGGGGUCAGGGAAUGAGGCCUGACAGAACAGGAGAUUUGUGGAGUUGGGCUGAAGCAUCUGAGUAAAGGGCUCAUGUUAGCUGGGUUCCUGGGCAAGUUAUGCCCUUGGAAGUCAGUACACACUGACUGGAAUAGAGAUCUGAGAGUAGUUGUGGUGUGGAAUCCACGUUGUUUUAUGUUCUUCCUGCCCAGCCGUUGCCUUGGCCUGACAGAGCUGGUUGCAGUCCUUCUCAGGACUAGGUUUUUCUUCUAUUCCAACAAAAUACACAUGUUGUGAGGACAAUGUUUAGGUCCCUCUGGGAGGAAAAGAAUUGAAAUCUCAGUGUAGUGCAAUAUUUUGACCUAUGUCAGGAGCUCCAACAGAGAAAAAAAUAGUUCUGCUUUCUCAAAGGAGGAAAAGCUGUUUCGAAACUUUUAUUACUGUUCCCUGUUGCAUUAAAAUAAGUGGUUUCAUAGAUAAUUUACUUUGACUUGUUUGGUUUGCACUCAUCCCUGUUAUUAGUGUGUUUUGCUGUGGAAGACAUUUUUUGUAACACUCAUUACUAAGGCAAUAAAAACAUUUUUAAAAUGU